CGCUCGCAACUCGGAGCCUCGGUCGCAUCAUGCAGGGCCGAGGCCCACUCCAUGCCAUCACUGGACUUUUGCUUGGAGGGGCGGUUCCGCACGGUGACUCGACCUCCGACAUCUAGGACGUUCACAUGCACCAUCGGGGAUUCGGUGAUCUUGAUAAGCGCAGAAACCCCACAGCAGAGUGUCUGGAGUCAAUUGCCCGCAGUCCACGACUCGCCCACGAAAAGGACAUUGCCCACUGCGGAUAGCGCCGGCAUCGCAUUACCAAACUGUCGAUAUUCUUUCUAAGCAUUGCCAAUCCACCACCGACAUUGCAACGAACGGAUAGCACAAUUCCGAGCUUUUGAGACUACAAUAAUAAAAAAGAGGAGGGCAACUACAGGCUUGAACACAUUGCACCCACACCGCCAUGCCCGCCGAACUCAAUGGACUCCCCGCCAAUGGCACUGCCAACGGCAUCAACGGCCACGCAGAUGAGCUGUCGAACUCCACACCAGCAAACGCCGCAUUCGACUCAAUACCAGACGUCGUCGCCGCAUUUGCCAACGGCGAGUUCGUAGUUGUCCUCGACUCGCCCGACCGCGAAAACGAAGGCGACCUGAUCAUCGCUGCCGAGUCGCUCACACCCGAAAAAGCCGCCUUCAUGAUCCGCUACAGCUCUGGCUACAUCUGCGCGCCACUGACCGUCUCGCGCGCCGCCGCUCUGCACCUCCCGCAGAUGGUCGCUGACAAUGCCGAUCCGAACCGUACCGCGUACGCCAUUUCUAUCGACGCCGACCACGAGAGCGUCAGCACGGGCAUAUCGGCGCAGGACCGCAGUCUCACGUGCCGCAUGCUCGCCGAUCCCAAUGCAAAGGCCAGCGAGUUCAGGCGACCGGGACACAUUCUGCCUCUCCAGGCGAGAGAAGGGGGUGUGAGGGUGCGCAGGGGGCAUACAGAGGCAGCAGUGGACCUGUGCCGGCUGGCAGGCAAACAGCCGGUGGGUGUGAUCUGCGAGAUGAUCAACGACGGCGAGAGCGUAGAUGGGCGGCCGGAACUGGUCGGCAGCGGCAUGAUGCGGACAGACGACUGCUUGAAGUUUGGCAAGAAGUGGGGGAUCAAGGUGUGCACGAUCGAAGACAUGGUUACGUGGAUCGAGGAGAACGAGGGCAAGUUGCCGGUGCAGUAGGUGUGGUGAAGCAGAGACACUGUGUAACGUUAUUGGCAGAAUGAUAUGGCUGUACGAAAUGUCUGUUACGCAUGUAUGGAAGUAUCUGGGAACUCGACUCAGUUUUGGAAUAUCGCAUUCAGUAGAUGUUUAGCACCGCGCAAGCACUCCAACCAGGUCAGAAAAAAGCUGUACAAUACAUCACCACCAGUUCAAAUAUAGGAGAGGCUCAUACUUGGGGGUAGAAACGGUGCAAUUGAAUGCCUCCCUCC